GAUGCCCAGUCCAAGACAUGACAAAGGAGUGGUGUUAGGCCGUGAUGGUUUUGUGUUUUUCGAGAAAUGGGAUCUCUCUGGAUCGAUCACGAUGCCGCCGAGAAAACUCGAAAGGAUUUUGUCAAUCUCUUGGCGAGCAGGCACAAGGAUCCAGGGCCGCUGGUGGCUAGAUCAUGCAAGAUUGUUUCACAGGAAACUGUCCAGCAAUUCGAUAUUCCUAUGCUACGAUUAUCUCGGGAAGAACUCGACCAACUGGAAGAGGAGCGCCUUGUUCUUGUGACAGAGGUUGGAGAUCAAGGCCAGCUUCCAGUUUUGAUCAUCAGAAGGAAAAAUGGAGCAACGCCAAGUCCUGCUCUUGUCAUACUCCACAGCUCAUACAGUUGCAAGGAUUCCAUAAGAAAUGUGGUGGAGUAUUUUGCUUUCCAUGGUUUUACUGCCAUCACCAUCGAUAAUCGGUACCACGGAGAGCGAGCAUCAUCAUCUUAUCAAAAUGCUAUGAUUUCCGCGUGGAAGACAGGCCGAGAGAUGCCUUUCAUCUUCGAUACGGUCUGGGACGUGACCAAGCUGAUGGACUACCUCAUCCAAAGAAAGGACAUCGAUUCCACUCGCAUAGGAAUGACGGGGAUUUCGCUCGGUGGAAUGAUCACUCUGUACUCAAUGGCUGCUGACGCUCGAAUUGCUUCAGCCGUUCCUAUGAUUGGUGUUCAGAACUUUAGCUGGGCAGUAAAAAAUAAUAAGUGGCAAGCAAGAGUUGGCAGCAUCCCGCACGCCUUUGAAGUUGCUGCUGGGGACCUCGGCAAAGCUUGCUGUGAUUCAGAGACUGUCGCAGCUGUUUGGCAACGAAUAGCUCCCGGCCUGAUGCACGAGUUUGAUGUCCACCACAUUCUUAAAGCGGUGUUUCCUCGCCCCUUGCUCAUUCUCAAUGGAAAGAAUGACCCAAGGUGUCCUGUCGAGGGACUGGAAUCUUGCAUCCGUGAAACAUCCAAGAUUUACAAAGCAGCUGGGCAUCCCGAAAAGUUUCAGUUCGUGGCGGAGGAGAAUGUGGGACACGAGAUCACGGAGUCGAUGAUGGAAGCCGCCAUGCGCUGGUUUCGCAACUAUCUCUGUAUCUCAAAACUUUAGUUCUUGAACUUUCAGCUGACUGUCCA